UAGCUGACAAGAACAGGAUUUGGUUUUCUGCGCUUUCUGGAUCGCGGGGGACCCGGAACCGUCGCAGGAUUAUAACACGAUGACCCCUCGCUAUGACGGGGCCGUUUUGUCUCGUACUGUCAUGUAGUUGUCCUAGGCUGGCUCAUGCUACAACGAGAUGGCGUCAGUCACAAUUUGCAACAUGCGUCUGUGACUAUCUUGCGAUUUGCAAAUGGACCAAAAUCCAGCCCCUGAACUGUUAUCCUCGACAAGGAAAAGACCACGUGUUCGACGCGCGUGCGACGAAUGUCGAGCAAGAAAGACGAAAUGCACUGGAGAAAAGCCAUGCGCCUUGUGUUCGAACAAUGAGCGAGGAUGCUCUUAUGAACAGUUUCGAUGCCCGCGACUCUCGACGGCAGAAUAUGUCAGAGAGCUGGAGACCGAAGUCCACCGCCUCACAGAGCUGCUCGGCCCAUCCUCACCAGACAGGGGACAUGCGUUCGACCAUACCGACCAUACAGGGCGGCAUCGCUUUUCACUUUCCACCAAUUUCCCAGACAGAGAGGCUGGGAACCACGAGGGAGCCGUGGCAGUUGUCUAUGUCGAAACUAUGAUGGACGGUGUAGGCCAGUUGCAACAAAAGCAGGAUGGUUCAUACGUUUAUCAUGGCCACUAUGCCGGUUUGACUCUUCUGGAACGCGUGUACGAAUUCUGCCGCCAGCAGAUGCCUAAUGCAACCGAAGACGCCACCUUCAGUAUCACAGAAAUGUUCGAUGGCGCACUACCGGCGUGCAAGGAAUUUCGCAUUGUGGCUCGAGAGACACCGGGCUCUUUGCCAGAAAGAGCGACCGCUGAAGACCUCAUCUCCGUCGCCUUAAACAAUGCCUGUUCUCUCCUGCCAUUUGUGCAUAGUCCCACGCUUGGCGGACAGCUGGAUUACAUAUACAGCGUUGGGAAUGACUACAACUGUAAGACGGACUCAACGAUACAUGCAUUAUUUUACGCAGCCCUGGCGGUGGGAGCGCUAUUUUCGUCAGCGGACGGCGGGGUUUGCGAUCACAACUCAUCUUUGCAUUUCCGCUACUUUCAGACUGCUAUUGGCAUGAUUGAUCCCGCUUAUUGCAGGGAUCUUGUCACACUACAGGCAAUCAUCUUUGUCAUCAUGUACCUCCAGGGCACUGGAAGAUUGUCCCACUGCUAUUGCUAUUUAGCAUUGGCUUCGGGGUCUGCCUUUCAGAUGGGCAUACAUCGAAACUGUACUCCGCCGCUUAUGGAUCCCGUACAGGCCGAGAUCAGGAAGCGCAUCUACUGGAGCUUGUAUACCAUGGAUAUUUACCUCUCCACGGUUCUGGGUCUACCCCGCACGAUCGCCGACUACCCCUCUGAUCAAGGAGGGCUGUCUGAAAUAGUGGGCUGGGGUGCAACCUCUGGACGUUGUCAUUUGGAAGCGCCAACAGCUUCUUCCGUAUUGACCCUGGCUAAUCACCACAUCAAAAUCCUCAACAUCAUGGCUAAGGUAGUGGAUUUCCUCUGCUCAACAAACAUGCAACUGUCGGGGUGCAAUCGAUACUGUCAAGUGGAGGCCGCCAGACUGUCCCAGAUCGAGAGCGAUUUAGAAGAAUGGUAUACGACGCUCCCCCCUGUAUCGAACAUGAGUGACCCAAUCAACUUUGACCACAUAAGCGCACAUCUACGGCUCAGGCUCGCGUAUGCGCACGUACAGAUGGUCCUGUACAGGCCUUUCCUGCACCACAUCAUAGGCACGAAAGCACGCUCGGAGGCAGAAAUGCAUUCGUACACUUGCGCAUCAGCUUGCAUCAAAGCAGCCAUGCAGGUCAUAUGGAUAGUACGACAGCUGCACCAGCGAGGCCAUUGCGUCGCGCCAUGUUGGCCGGCCUUGUUCAUGACCCUUUUCUCGGCGCUGACUCUCGUGUUGUUUGCUCUGGGUAAUCAGGGCGGUGCGACGGUAGAGGAAGCCUGGCAUGCCGUCAAAUCUGCGCUCUGGCUCUUUACCCAGCUGGCUAGCAACAACGCACUUGCGCAAAAAUGCGCAGGCAUAUUGGAGCGACGGCCAGUCGCCAUGUUCCGUGGACUCAGCAUACGGGGAAUGUCAAAUUUCCCAGCCUGGUUGUAA